AUGGAAGCGUUUAAAACGAGCUUCAAGAACGCGACUCAGCAUCUCAAUGAAGCAGAAAAACGUCAUAAACAAUGCGAGAAUAUGCGUGAGAAAUCGCUGAACAAGUGCUCACGCGUCAAGUUUCUAGCUGAUGCAAUGGAGAAAUUAGGCUGCAAGAUGGAAAUUGGAUUCUUUUCCAGUGUAGAUUGUGAGGGUAAAAUCAAUGGAGGGUUUCAUUUGGAUGAUGAGGGCAAGCCGGGGGUUGUACUGUGCCAGAAUCAUAUUCCAGACCAAGAGUGGAUGGACCGUACCAUGGCACACGAAUUGAUCCACGCAUAUGACCACUGCCGCAACAAGAUUGACUGGAACAAAUGCGAACAUCACGCUUGUAGUGAGGUUCGCGCCGCUGCGUUGAGUGGCGAUUGUAAUUGGAAGUACGAGCUCUUCCGUAAGAAUUAUAACAUUAACAAGCAGCAUCAGGCAGACGAAUGCAUUGAAAAGGUAUUUGACUCGUGCUACCGUGAUUGGUCUCCAUUCCGUGAGAUUCCCUAG